AUCUUCUUCUUCUUCAAUUUUCGAUUCUUCAAGCUCCAAAGUUUGGGCCUUUCUGUAUGAAAAGUUGAAUUGGCAAAGUACCCAGUUGGAAUUUGGGAAUGGAGAGCAGUAAGAAACCCAAAUCAAAGGCAUCGGCAAAGAAGCCCAAAGAUAGUGUUCUCGAGCAGAAAUCUCCAGCUGAGUUUUUCGCUGAGAACAAGAACAUUGCUGGGUUUGAUAAUCCAGGGAAAUGUCUUUAUACUACUGUGAGGGAACUUGUGGAGAACUCACUUGAUUCGACGGAGUCGAUAUCGGAGCUUCCUUUGAUAGAAAUCACAAUUGAAGAUAUUAAGAAAAGCAAGUUCAAUUCUAUGAUUGGUCUUGUUGAUCGAGAUCGUGUUGAUCAAGAAUUGUAUGAUGAUCAUGAGACAGAGAAGGCUCGUGAGAAACGAUUAGCAAAAGAAGCUCAAGCCCAGGAAUUACAAGCAAAGAAUGCUUCCCUCGGAAAGAAAACUAAAGAGCCUGCAGCUCCAAAGACCAUGAAGGGUCGAGGUGGGGCUGCAUUUUACCGGGUUACUUGCAAGGAUAAUGGAAGAGGAAUGCCACAUGAUGACAUUCCAAACAUGUUUGGACGAGUACUGUCUGGGACAAAAUAUGGCUUGAAGCAGACACGCGGAAAGUUCGGUCUAGGUGCAAAGAUGGCAUUAAUUUGGUCAAAGAUGAGUACAGGGCUUCCUAUAGAUAUCUCUUCAUCAAUGAAGGGCCAAAAUUAUAAUUCUUUCUGCAGGCUGGAUAUAGAUAUUCAUCGGAACAUACCUCAUGUUCAUAUACAUGAAAAACGGGAUAGCAAGGAUAGGUGGCACGGUGCUGAAAUCCAAGUUGUUAUUGAGGGAAAUUGGACAACUUACCGUUCCAAGAUAUUGCAUUACAUGCGACAAAUGGCUGUUAUCACUCCUUAUGCUGAGUUCAUUUUUAAAUUUGUAUCAGAUGUUCCCGAUAAAAACGUUACCAUAAGGUUUGCACGGAGAACUGAUGUGAUGCCUCCUGUUCCUCUUGAGACAAAGCACCAUCCCUCAUCUGUUGACUUGUUGCUAAUCAAACGCCUCAUUGAAGAAACUUCAAAGCAGAACCUUUUACAGUUUCUUCAGCAUGAAUUCGUUAAUAUAGGAAAGUCCUAUGCUGAACGACUAAUUGGGGAAUUGGGUCCUGAGUUCAGUCCGAAGAUGCCUGUGAAAUCUCUAACUUCUCAGCAAAUUGUACGCAUCCAUCAGUUAUUUCGGCAAGCCAAGUUUAAUGAUCCAAGUGGUGAUUGCCUGAGUCCUGCAGGGGAAUACAAUCUCCGUCUAGGGAUUAUAAAGGAGCUGCAUCCAGAGUUGGUUGCUACUUAUUCUGGAAGCGCUCAAGUUUUUGAAGGUCACCCUUUCAUUGUGGAAGCUGGGGUCAGCGUUGGUGGAAAAGAUGUCAAACAAGGUUUAAAUAUUUUCCGGUUUGCAAACCGGAUUCCACUCCUUUUUGAGCAAGGUGCUGAUGUGGUCACAAGGACUGCCCUUAAGAGAAUCAAUUGGAGUAGUUACAAGAUCAACCAGACUCAGGAUAAAGUUGGUGUUUUUGUGAGCGUUGUAAGCACAAAGAUUCCCUUUAAAGGAACUGGGAAGGAGUAUAUUGGAGAUGAUAUAACUGAAAUAGCUUCUGCUGUCAAGUCUGCCAUUCAGCACUGUUGCAUUCAGCUGAAAACCAAGAUAGUGAAGAACAUACAAGCUCGUGAACAAAAAGAGAGAAAACGGAAUUUGAGCAAGUAUGCUGAAAAUGUUGCUGGUGCUGUAUGUGGUGUACUGAAGCAAAUGCAACAAAUACAAGCAUCAAAGAAGAGACGUUAUGAUGAUAAGGAAGCAGAAGUACUUAAGAAACUGUCAACUGGGAUGAUCACAAAAGAAAUGGUCAAGGAAAAGCUUGUACAACAUGUUGAACAGGUGGACUCGGAGAUGGCAAUGGAAUUUGCUGCAAACAGUGGAGUGAGUGAGGAACCCAGAGAAUGUAUAUAUCUACAAUCAUUAGAAGCUGCUGAAGAUAACUUUAUCGACUUGCAUAGUCCCCUAUUUGUCUUUCGGCUGUUUUGCUAGCAAUCUGUUGGAUACCAAACAUCCAACUCAUUCUUAACUUAUACGAAGUAAAAGUGCCAUUGUAAUUUGUUCAAUCAAAGUUCAUUGAAUCUAAGCUUCAUUCUUCAGUUGCCAUUUUUGCCAAGCCCCAAGCCCCAAGCCCCAUAAUGUUUCUCACAACACUUCAUAUUACCUAUUUAUGAACAAAACCAAUCAUCAUUGCUAUAUU